AUGGACCAGUGUUCCAGUAUCACCCUAACUCUGGUUAUGAAUAUGGAAGAGGACCAAACCUGUUUCAACAAAUGGAUUCUGAUGAAGAUCGUUUUGCAAGAUCGAAGAAUACAGCAUUUCUGGCCUUUUUCUUCGAGAGAGGAAUGGGAGCUUGCUGAAUUUCUGAAUGAAAAUCUCAAUCAGACGCAGUUGGAUGCCUUCCUAAAACUGAAAUGGACAUGUAAACAAACAUUGCUGUUCAGUUCUGCACACCAACUAUCAAGCUUUAUGGACUUUCUGCCCAGCGGCCCAAAGUGGAAAAUGCAGACUCUUGUCGUUGUUGGCUAUCUUACUAUGGCACCGAUCAGGCUGUUCUUUAGAGAUGGCCUGGAGGUGGCAAAUAGUAUCUUUUCAAAUCCUAUUUUUGCUAACCAGGCCCUGGAGGAACAUUGUGUAUAUAGUGAAUUCAUGACUGCAGACUACGCUUGGGAACUUCAGGAUCAGUAUCCGGUAGGCGCUACUGUGAUGGGGAUUAUAGCGGGUUCAGACAAGACGGCCGCAACCAGAAGAACAGCUGGAAUGCAGAUGCACCCAAUAUUCCUUAGUCUCGCCAACAUCAACUCUGAGGUGCACAUGAAGGCAACUUCCCAUGCAUGGAUGUGUACAGCAUUCAUGCCCAUUGUGACCUUCAACAAUGUUCACCCAGAGUUCCAUGCUGUUCUUGAUGCACAGCUUUGGCACCGUUGCAUGGACAUGGUCAUAAGCGUGUGGCAAAAUGUGGGCAGAUUAUGUCAGACCCUCAUGGUAUCUUGA